AGGGAGACGGAGCCUUCAGCGGGUGCUGCCGCGAGCGGCCGGCCGAGGGGCUGGAAAUGAAAGUAAAGCGCUCCGGAGCCGCAUGGACGGAGCUGCCGGGGCGGCGGCGCCGGGAGCAGGAUGCGGCCGCCCAUAAUUAAAUAGCAUUUACUCUUAUUAUUACUACUAAUAAUAACGUAAUCAUACCUCUAGUCAUAGCAUACCAUUUAUCGGGCUCGGCGCAGGCCCGCGGGGAGCGCAGCCCGGCGGAGAGACUGAUGGAGAGGCAGAAACGGAAGGCGGACAUCGAGAAGGGGCUGCAGUUCAUCCAGUCGACACUACCCCUAAAGCAAGAAGAAUAUGAGGCCUUUCUGCUCAAGCUGGUGCAGAAUCUCCUCGCUGAGGGCAAUGACCUCUUCCGGGAGAAGGAUUACAAGCAGGCCCUGGUGCAGUACAUGGAGGGGCUGAACGUGGCCGACUACGCUGCCUCUGACCAGGUCGCCCUGCCCCGGGAGCUACUGUGCAAGCUGCAUGUCAACAGGGCCGCCUGCUACUUCACCAUGGGCCUGUAUGAGAAGGCGCUGGAGGACAGCGAGAAGGCGCUGGGCCUGGACGGUGAGAGCAUCCGGGCGCUGUUCCGCAAGGCACGCGCCCUCAACGAGCUGGGGCGCCACAAGGAGGCCUACGAGUGUAGCAGCCGGUGCUCCCUCGCGCUGCCCCACGAUGAAAGCGUCACUCAGCUUGGUCAGGAGCUGGCCCAGAAGCUCGGGCUGCGAGUGCGCAAGGCAUAUAAGAGGCCCCAGGAAUUGGAAACCUUUUCUCUGCUCAGUAAUGGCACUGCAGCUGGCAUGUCGGAUCAGGGAACUUCCAAUGGAUUGGGCUCCAUAGAUGACAUCGAAACAGACUGCUACGUGGACCUGCGGGGCUCCCCGGCCCUCCUCCCCUCUACCCCCACGAUGCCCCUGUUCCCUCACGUUCUGGACCUGCUGGCCCCCCUGGACAGCAGCAGCAGGGCCCUCCCCAGCGCCGAGAGCCUGGAUGACUUCUCAGACGGGGAUGUCUUUGGCCCUGAGCUGGACAGCCUCCUGGAUUCCCUGUCCCUGGUCCAGGGUGGCCUGCCCGGCAGCGGCGUGCCGAGUGAGCUGCCCCAGCUGAUACCUGUGUUCCCCGGCGGGACCCCACUGCUGCCCCCUGUGGUGGGCAGCUCCAUCCCCGUCUCCAGCCCACUGCCCCCGGCCUCCUUUGGCCUCGUCAUGGACCCCUCCAAGAAGCUGGCCGCCUCUGUGCUAGAUGCCCUCGACCCCCCAGGCCCCACACUGGACCCCCUGGACCUGCUGCCGUACGCGGAGACCCGGCUGGAUGCCCUCGACAGCUUCGGGUCAACCCGAGGCUCCCUGGACAAGCCCGACUCCUUCAUGGAGGAGAACAACUCACAGGACCACCGUCCCCCAAGUGGUACUCAGAAACCUGCCCCCUCGCCAGAGCCCUCCAUGCCCAACACCGCCUUGCUCAUCAAGAACCCCUUGGCUGCCACCCACGAGUUCAAACAGGCCUGCCAGCUCUGCUACCCCAAGACAGGCCCCAGGGCUGGUGACUACACCUACCGUGAGGGCCUUGAGCACAAGUGCAAGCGGGACAUCCUGCUUGGCCGGCUCCGGAGCUCCGAGGACCAGACCUGGAAGCGGAUCCGGCCCCGGCCCACCAAGACCAGCUUCGUGGGCUCCUACUACCUGUGCAAAGACAUGAUUAACAAGCAGGACUGUAAGUACGGGGAUAACUGCACCUUCGCCUACCAUCAGGAGGAGAUCGACGUGUGGACCGAGGAGCGGAAGGGCACCCUCAACCGCGACCUGCUCUUCGACCCACUGGGGGGCGUCAAGCGCGGCAGCCUCACCAUCGCCAAGCUCCUUAAGGAGCACCAGGGCAUCUUCACUUUCCUCUGUGAGAUCUGCUUUGACAGUAAACCUCGGAUCAUCAGCAAAGGCACCAAGGACACUCCGUCUGUCUGCUCCAACCUGGCUGCCAAGCACAGCUUCUACAACAACAAGUGCCUGGUGCACAUCGUCCGCUCCACCUCCCUCAAGUACUCCAAGAUCCGCCAGUUCCAGGAGCACUUCCAGUUCGACGUGUGCCGCCACGAGGUGCGCUACGGCUGCCUGCGCGAGGACAGCUGCCACUUCGCCCACAGUUUUAUCGAGCUCAAAGUCUGGCUGCUGCAGCAGUACUCAGGCAUGACCCAUGAAGACAUCGUUCAGGAAUCCAAGAAGUACUGGCAGCAGAUGGAGGCCCAUGCAGGCAAGGCCAGCAGCAGCUUGGGUGCCCCACGGACACACGGGCCCAGCACCUUCGAUCUGCAGAUGAAGUUUGUGUGUGGCCAGUGCUGGAGGAACGGGCAGGUGGUGGAGCCUGACAAGGACCUCAAGUACUGCAGCGCCAAGGCCCGGCACUGCUGGACCAAGGAGCGGCGGGUCCUUCUGGUGAUGUCCAAGGCCAAGAGGAAAUGGGUGUCAGUGAGGCCGCUGCCGUCCAUUCGCAACUUCCCACAGCAAUACGAUCUCUGCAUCCACGCGCAGAACGGCCGCAAGUGCCAGUACGUGGGGAACUGCUCUUUCGCACACAGCCCCGAGGAGAGGGACAUGUGGACGUUCAUGAAGGAGAACAAGAUCCUGGACAUGCAGCAGACCUAUGACAUGUGGCUGAAAAAACACAACCCAGGGAAGCCUGGAGAAGGGACCCCAGUCAGUUCUCGGGAAGGAGAGAAGCAGAUCCAGAUGCCUACGGACUACGCAGACAUCAUGAUGGGCUACCACUGCUGGCUCUGUGGCAAGAACAGCAACAGCAAGAAGCAGUGGCAGCAGCACAUUCAGUCUGAGAAGCACAAGGAGAAGGUCUUCACGUCCGACAGCGACGCCAGUGGCUGGGCCUACCGCUUCCCCAUGGGCGAGUUCCGACUCUGCGACAGGCUCCAGAAGGGCAAAGCCUGCCCAGACGGGGACAAGUGCCGCUGCGCCCACGGACAGGAGGAGCUCAAUGAGUGGCUGGACCGGCGCGAGGUGCUGAAGCAGAAGCUGGCCAAGGCUCGCAAGGACAUGCUGCUGUGCCCUCGGGAUGACGACUUUGGCAAAUACAACUUCCUGCUGCAGGAGGACGGGGACACUGCUGGUGCCACCCCAGAAGCCCCUGUUGCUGCUGCCACCACUGGGGAAUAGGGCCAGGUCUUGGCUGUGGGUGAAGUCCUGGGGUCGGGGUUGGGUGGGGACAGAGGGCCUGAUAGAAGGGCCAGGGCAGGCCAGCUGGGGGUGGGGGCCGCCCUCCUCAGGCAGCCCCCAGCCCCCUGGGGCCCCGGCCAUCCUCUCCGCCCCCGUGCCCCAGGUGUGCAUACCCAAGUGCACGUGCUGCAGUCCCAAGGGUCCCAGGGUCCCUGUCCUGCUGAAACCUGGGCAGACCCUCCCCCACCCCCAUGGCUCUCCUGGUUGGGGAGGGAGGGGCCUGGUGACCCUCCAGCUUCAGCCUACAGCUUUAACUUAUGUCUGCUCCUAAAGGGGCCCAAAGCUCAGGGCUGGGGAGCCUGGAGUCCCCAUUUGAAUCUGUAGCAGGAGGGUCCUUCUCCCUGCCCCCUCCCAAGCCCCCACCCCUGGGGGACAGAUCGGGACACAGCAGAGGGCAGGAGGCCCCGAUUAGCUUUAAAAUGCAGUCCCAGGAUGGAGCUGGGGACACUGUACUGGUCACUUGCCCCCUGGGGCCUCAGUUUCCCCUCUGGUUAGAAGGGUGGGAGGAGCUGGGCUAGACGAUCUCUGGCGAAACUAAGGAGUCUGGGGCCUGUUGAUGAUGCCGCCACCCGAGCCCUGCUGCCUCAUGGGCCAGAGAAUGUAGAUUGCAGAUCCUCAGAGCCUCUAGACGUGACUCAACACAGACCCCAUUUUGCAGAUAGGAAGACUGAGGCUUAGAAAGGAGAUGUGAUCUGCCCAGGUCCCAGCACGAAGCCGAGCUGGGAUGAAAACAGUGGUCAGAGGCUCAGGGCCAGUUGUUGGGUGGAGCCUCUGGGCCCCUCAGUGGGGAUGUGACAGUCAGCGCGCAGCUGCGGUCCCAGGCAGGCUGCCGAGGGGCUGGGGAGGGAGGCCCAGAGGAGGGCUGGUCAUGUCAGCACCCAUGGAGGGACAGUCCCCUCCUGGGGUGGUUGUGGGGAGUAUAGCAGCAGAGGGUACUUGCCUCGCCGGCCCCGGGAGAGGUGGCAAAGGGCAGGGCACCGGGAGCUCAGGUUCCGAGGUAUAGCGGGUGGGCGAGUGGGGGGCCUAGGAGAUGUGGAAAAAAGGGGGCUCAACCUUGGACACCAUAGGCCACUUCAGGAUGGGACCUGGCUCCUCUUUCUUGGACACCCAGCACGAUCCUCUCCCCUAAACCCAGACAUACAGUUACGACCAUCUGUCCCAGCCCCUCCCUGGUCCCCAGCCCUGCCAGCUGCCUGGGACCCCAGCUGACCCUCAGCCCCUGCCCCCAGCCACCAAGGCCUCUCCCAUCCCUUCGUCUGACGUGUCUGUGUGCACCCCCUCCUCUCCAUCCCACCCCCCAUGGGCAGACACAGCCUCCCCUGGCUCCCCAGACAUUCCAGAAUGCCCCACACCGUUGGCACAAGGAGUGAGGCAGCCCCGGAAGGAAGCAGGGCCCAAGGCUGAGGGGUGAGAUGGAGAGAAGGGUCGGCCCCAUCCUUCUCCCCGAUCAAGGAUCGACAAGGAUUGACAGUGCGCGCUGACAGCCCCUGGGGCUAUAGAGAACCCGUCCCUCUUCCGCCACUGCCCGACCUUUCCUGGCAUGCACCCUCCCUCUUCCCCGCCCCCGCCCCCAGCAGGCCAGCACUGCAGAGUCUGGGUGCUGGUGGCAUGGCUGGAGAGGAGGAGAGAGCACACCCCAAGUGGGGGCCGUGGUUGUGGCCGUGAGUGUCGACGAUACUUGUUUUCCCUGAUCUGUGGUGUUGCAGUCUGUUGUCACCAGCCUUGUUUUUAGUGUGUAUAUAUGUCGCCCCCGUGAUGCAUAUAUACACAGGUAUUAAAUAUAUCGCUCUAUAUAAUAUUAUAUAUGUGUGUGGUAUCCAAGGAAUCACUUCUAAUGAAGGCUAAAGAUUAAGAAUUUGGCUAGAAAAUGCAGCCAUCCUUGCGUGAUUUGGAGGGUUUUAGGGGUCAUUGGGCUACUUGUGAAGGAGAGAGGGACUCGAGCUGUGGUUCAGAGGUGAUGUGGGCCCAGCUCUGCCUGGUAGCUCCCCAGACCACCCAGUCUAGUGGGGAGAGCACGGAGCGCUCAGGGAAAGAAGGUGAUUUGUAUUUGUCUCCCCUCAAAGGAAAAGUGUUAGAGUCUAGAGUUUUCAUCUUCAGCCUGUUAUCUUGUCCAGGGGCCUUUGGGACCUGGGGCUCCCUGGCCUGGCCAGAGCUGGACCCCCAUAGGGCAGGGCAGGGAAUUGGGGGGGGCAGAAUGCACUUUUGACGACCCCUCCAGGGCCCUUAGCUGAGAGGCUGAGAGCAUCGAAUCAGGACUGUGCAGGCCCCUAGCAAGGCAGGGACAAGACGGCAUGGCGAGUGGGGUGGGGGUGGAGUGGAGAAGGAUGCUGCAUUUCUCAGCUGGGCAGUAAUCAAUUUAAUGGUCCUUUUAAAAUGUCUGUGUAUUAAAAAUUUAAGAAUACCACACUUUAAUAUUAAAUAUUCAUAAGGUCUAGUAUCUUGAUAAUAAUGUAGAUGUUUUAAUAACAAUUUUUGUCCUUCUUAAAAUAAAAUUGAAAGAAACUUGC